AUGCAAGACAACUACUUCUUCCGAGAACCAGCUACCCAGAGAAGACUACUGGAUAUUCUGUUCAUAUAUUCCAAAUUGAAUCCGGAUAUUGGAUAUCGGCAGGGAAUGCACGAGCUGUUGGCACCAAUUCUCUGGAUCAUUCAACAAGAUGGCAUCGAUCUCGUGACAACUGCAAACAUAGACAAACAGGCUGAGGGUAUUAACCUCAUGUUGGAGACUCUAGACAGUCAAUACAUCGAGCACGAUGCGUUCAGCCUCUUCUGUGCAGUGAUGCAGACGGCGAAGGCGUUCUACGAGAUCGGAGAAAACAGAGAUUCGUCACCGAUCGUAGAGAGGAGCAAGAAAAUCCAUGAGGAGAUACUGAUUGCCAUUGAUCCAGAACUGGCCUCACAUUUGACGGUUAUAGGAAUUCUACCCCAGAUUUAUUCCAUCCGAUGGAUUCGACUUUUGUUCGGGCGAGAGUUUGAAUUCAAGGAAGUAUUACGGAUUUGGGACCUUCUUUUUGCCGAGAAUAUCAGGUCUGAUGUCGUCGACCUCACGUGCGUUGCGAUGUUGCUGAGAUGUAGAUGGACUUUGCUGGAAGCAGACUAUACCACGGCGAUUACAGCGCUGACACACUACAGUAUGCCUCAGAGUCAGGAGGGACCACAACAAUUGGUCCGGGACGCGACAUUCCUGGACAAGAAUCGGAACGAGCAGGCAGGGGCUACAUUGAUACUACGUUACACUGGGCGACGUCCAAAGGUGAAUGAAACUCCUGGUAGUCGUAGUCAAUCUGGAAUACGAAAUACGAGGAUCAUACAGCAUCGUCAGUCGCCGAGUGCCUCUCCGGGAAGGUUUGCCUCACCUCAGAGACAGCUGGAAGGAUUAUUCCAAGACGUGGCUGGCGGGUUACAGAAGCGAACUGAAGGUUGGAAUGUUUCCAAAGCCGUCCGAAGUGCGGUGGGAGAGGUCCGACGUAAUAUGAACAACUAUCAGACGUCACAUUCGAGACAGCCGAGUACCGACAUACUGGACACGGAACGCAAGUCGUUGGAUGGCAGAGCAGAGGAAAUCCGACAAGUAUCUCGGCGCAAAAUUGAGGAACUGGAAACGCGCAAUAAAACCCUGGCGAGGAUGCUUGACGAUGCGCUACAAGCUCUCCGCUCUACCAAACUUGCAAGUUCUGAAUAUCCAGAGGAUGCGGAUCAGAGUUUCAACAUGAGCCUUGCGAAGAUUCAAUUUGUGUCGGUAUACCUUGCCAACAAUGAUAUUCCGAUCCCGCCAGAAAUACCCCUGUCGAAGGAGGAAAAGUGCCUGCCCAAACUCCCACAGAAGACCGCAGCGGUCCAAGCGGAUGAAGCGAAAUCAGAAUCAUCGACACCUUCUGCUGAAACUUCAGCUCACGGUGUCGAAGAUAUAACCAUUGUUGAGCCGAAGAAGGAGGCAGUUCCGACAGCUCCAGGUCCUCAUGCGGCGAGUAGUGGCGAGAACGGCGGUAGCUCUACAGGCCACAAGUCGCGACCAUCAUUGAUGGAUUCCUCGUUCUCAUUCAUGCUAGGUGAGAAUCGACAUCGAUCGAGCUUUGUCACCUCAGUUGCAGCGUUGCCUGAGCAGAGAAGGGACAGUGAAUCCAAGACCCGAUCCGCCCAGUUAUCAAGCGAGGCAAAGGCACAGCAAGCACGAAGGGGGUCCGAAAGCGAGGAUGAUGGGUUCACACUCACCAAGAUACGCGGGGGAUAG